AUGAUAAUAUCAGGGAGAAGUCUUACUGUGGACCUCGUUGUUAAUGUUUAUGUGUUUUUAGAGGUUACCAUGGUUGAAAUCUCAGAAGAUGAUUCUGCUUCUAAUCUUCCAAUUAUACAUGGAGUGGUAUCACAAAUGGGACCUCCCCCUCCACGUCCACCGCGUUCUGGACAAGUGCAUGAACCAUCAGCAGGGACAGGGAGUACCGCUGGCUCAUCUACACCAGCUUCUGAACCUUCACAUGCUUGUGCCGCAGGUGAAACAUUAGCUAAUAAUCCUAAUGCUAGUGUGAAGAGAUCAAAGGUAUGGGAUCACUAUGAUAUUUAUGAAAAUGGUGAGAGAGCGAAAUGUAAAUAUUGCAAAAAGGCUAAUUACAAGAUUGGUAAGAAAAAUUUGGAUGGUAAGAAACAUGGGACUUCUAAUCUCCAACAUCAUUUGGAUAAGUGUCAGAAGUAUAAGAAUGAAAUGAAUGAGGCUAGAGCUGACGGACAACAAACACUUGACUUCCAGCCUUGCAAGCUUGGAGAGGAACCACAGUUGGUUGGGGUGUCUUUUUCUCAAGAUGCGUGCAGGAGAGCGCUGAUUAGAUUUAUCGUUACCGAUGAAAUGGCUUUUAGAAUUGUUGAAGGUGAAGGUUUUAUAGCUUUUUGUAAGUAUCUUGAGCCUCGAUUUAAGCUUCCAAGUCGUAUGACAAUAUACCGUGAUGUGUGCAAGCUGUUUUUGACAGAGAAGGCUAAUCUGAAAAGUUAUUUCAAAGCAAACAAGAAUUACAAUUAUAUGGUAGUGACUGCGCAUUUCAUUGAUCAUCACUGGAAACUACAUAAAAGAAUUAUCUGUUUUUGCUUGAUUGAUAGCCAUGAAGUUGUUGUUGACUAUUUGAGGAAGAGAGUUCAGAGUUGGGGUUCUGCAUUACUCGGAGCUAAACAUUUACAUGUUCGAUGUGCGGCUCACGUACUUGCACUUGUUGUGAAGGACGGUAUGAAGAAGUAUCAUACAUCACUUCUCAGGAUCAGGGCAGUGGUAAAAUAUGUCACGAAAUCUCCCGCAAGAUAUAAAAGGUUUACGGAGGAUGCUGAGUCGGAAAGAAUAGAUUGUAAAAAGGGUCUGAUAUUAGAUGUGAGAACGCGGUGGAAUUUUACUUACUUAAUGCUUGUUGCCGCUGAAAGAUAUGAAAAGGCAUUUGAAAGGUUACGUGAGUUGGAUAAGGCAUUUUGUGAAGAGUUUUGCUUUGAUAUUCCAGUACCAGAUAAUAUUAUGGGUGAUGGUGAUGACACUGUUGAUCUUGAUGCUGAUUAUGAUCUGGAAUCAGACAAUGAAGAAGAACUUGAUACUACUGAAGAAGAAGAUUCUGCUGCUGUCAGGAAAGCCAAGAAAAAAAACACGCCAAAAGUGCAUGCUCCUGAACGAUACGAUUGGUGCAAUGCGAGAGUUAUGAUUGAGUUUCUACACGUAUUUUAUGAAGCAACUGUUGUAUUUUCAGCUUCUCAUUCUUUCUUAUUGGAACUUGGUACUGUUCGUCAAGAAUUAGAAGAAUGGAAAAAUACACAUGAGGACCCUUUCUUAAGCCACAUGGGUGCUGUAAUGUUUCUCAAGUACAACAAAUAUUGGGGAACAUACAGAAAGAUGAAUUCGUUGAUGUUUAUGGAUGUACUUCUUGAUCCACGAGAGAAAGAACAUGGAUUAUUUGUGACUGUUGAAGAUUUAAUUGUGCAUUAUGACCCAACAAUGAAGAAAAAACUUGUAGAAAAAUGGGUUGAAGAAGUUCUGAAAAAAUUUGUGGAGUUGUUUGCAGCUUAUAAAGCAGAAAAUGUUAGAUGUGCAGUAUCUUCAUCAGAAUCUGUGGGCAAGACUAAUUCUACUUCUACUCAAAGUUCUUCGAGUUUUGGAAGUACUAUUUCUAGCAAGGCCAAGUAUAUGGCGGGAAGGAAUAAACGAAAGCAUCAAUUGAAUAAUGUGGAGGACACUGGGAGAUCUGAGGUAGAAAGGUACUUGGCUGAACCGAUCUACACACCCACCAAUGAAAAUGCUACUUUUGAUAUAUUACAAUGGUGGAAGGUAAAUGCUACGAGGUUUGACAUUUUUCCACUUAUGGCUAAAGAUAUAUUUGCUAUUCCCGUUUCUUCCGUUGCUUCAGAAUCAACAUUUAGUACCGGAAAAAGAAUUUUGGAUCCUUUUCGAAGCUCCUUAAAGCCCAAGACACUUGAGGCCUUAAUUUUGUUACAAAAUUGGUUACGAACACCAAUAAACAUGGAUUCAUCUACCCUUGGAGUCGAGGAGGAGGAUAUUGAUAUUGCUGAGUCUGGUAUGUCUAAAUUUUCCUUGGCUCUAUUGUUUUUAUUUGAUUAA